AUGUCAAGCGAAGAAAAGCCCUCAUUGGAUCCACACGAAUGUGCAAGCUUGCACAACCAGAUUCUUCAACGAGCCACACAGCAAUCUGCCGACUCCGCUCAACCUUCGAAGAGUCUACUCGAUGACUACAGUGAUACACUCAGAGCACGUCUCUUGCCCGAUCUUCAAGAGUUCUUUAGGGCCAUCGCUCCUAGGUCUACAAGCAACGAAGCGACAUUACUCACCCCUUUCAACCUUUACCCGGACCCCGAAGCAUUCUUCAUACACAAGGAAAUGCCACAGUUUGAGCGAUACAAAGACAAUCUUGUCAUGUUGUACCCAGCCAAGAAGUCUGCUGGAGGAUUGUUCUUACUGCAGAAUCUCAAGCUUGCCUGUUGGAUCGACUCUGACCUUCAAAGUCAACCAAAAUCGUUAUGGUUCCCACUGACGAUAAUACUACAACGAUGGCUCCAGAUGUGGGAGACCGGCAAGAUCGCACCCGACCUGAAAUUCAAGCCAUGGACUGAACGGGACCUUCAGGCGUCCCUCGAGGCUUGGGAUCAACUGGUUAAUGCUAUUGAGAGCCGAUUACCCACUCAUGUAUCACGGCAGACCACGAAUGAACCGCUUGUCGAACAGAGCGUCGCAGACAGAUGCGCAGAACAGUCGUUCCAGCGUGCUUUCCUCACGAAGGCCCGUCGGCCUGUGUUCAGUUGUGCCGCACCAGGCGUCCAUGUAUGGUCGGCCGAGGGUUUCGAAGCCACAUACGCUGCAGAGCCUCACGAUAGCGAGCGCAAACAAGUCAUCGGCAGAAAGCCCGACGAUCCCGAGGACUAUCGAUCAGCUCUGUCUCGAGACCUAGCGCCGACUCUGCUAUUCAUUGGCAGAGCCGUCGAAUCCACUUCGCGAGAACCUACGAAACCUUCGCUAAGAGACUAUGAGGGUAGGGGCUCGGUCUUGCUGAAGAGAGGCUCGGACCUGACAAGGGGUAUGGUGGGACUUUAUACUUGGCCCCGCGAAGACUGGAGUGAUGCAGUUGUAUUCUCGGAUGGCAGAGGGAGAGAAACUAGCUUUUCCUACAGAGGAUCGUGCCCGUGGAUGUCCGGAAGGCCCCCAGCACUCUUGCGCGACGUUCGUCAAUUCUGGAAGAGGCUGGUGGUUGAUGGUACUUGGAAAGUCGGAGACUAUGGUGUUCCUGGAAAUAUGCCACACUACCAUACCCACCAAUAUUUUGCUAGCUGGGACGCCGCGGCGUAUUACUAA